UGCCCCCCGUGUGGACUAGCAGCUUGGUGAUUGGGACAACACAAAAGCUCAGAUGCCACCCUCACCAUCAGCCAGCUCCUCUUAAUGUUCACAAGAAGAGGGUAGUCCCAGCAUCACACUGCACUCAUCUCUGCAUCUUCACCUGCCGAUUGUCCGCUGACUUUGAGGAAGACCUGGGACAGAUAAGGACCUGCACAACUUCCCAGAGAAGUUCCCUCAAGAAGAACAAAAAGUGACUUGACCUUUUCACCUCUGCUGCACCUUCUUUGCAUCUUUGCGGCCUUCCCUCCUCAGUCUUUGCGUCUCAGGUGUGUGCUCGGACUGUGAGCAGUGAUGGGGGACUGGAGUCUCCUGGGGAAUUUCCUAGAGGAGGUCCAGGAACACUCCACCUCAGUCGGAAAGGUCUGGCUCACCAUCCUCUUCAUCUUUCGCAUCCUGGUGCUGGGCACAGCGGCUGAGUCCUCCUGGGGCGACGAGCAGAGCGAUUUCCUGUGUGACACUCAGCAGCCCGGUUGCACGAACGUUUGUUAUGACAGCGCCUUCCCCAUCGCCCACAUCCGCUACUGGGUGCUGCAGAUUGUCUUUGUGUCCACGCCAUCCCUCAUCUACAUGGGCCAUGCCAUGCACACGGUGCGCAGAGAGGAGAAGCAGCGGAGGAAGGAGCAAGAGGAGAGGGAGGCGAGAGGGGAAGAUGGAGGAGACCUGGAGGGGGAGAAGGAGUACCUCCAGCAGAAGGAGAGCGGAAAGGGGUUGGCAUCUGACGGGACUGGCCGCGUUCGCCUAAAAGGUGCGCUGCUCCAGACUUACGUCCUGAGCAUCUUGAUCCGUACUGUCAUGGAGGUGACUUUCAUAGUGGUGCAGUAUCUGAUCUAUGGGGUGUUCCUCAAGGCGUUGUACCUCUGCAAGGCGUGGCCCUGCCCCAACCCCGUCAACUGCUACAUGUCUCGGCCCACGGAGAAGAACGUCUUCAUCAUCUUUAUGCUGGUGGUGGCUGGUGUGUCCCUGCUGCUCUCCAUGUUGGAGCUCUACCAUUUGGGCUGGAAGAGCAUGAGGAAGUGUGUGCGCAGGAGGGUGAUGCAAAGGAAGAACAACAGAGCUGUGACGGUGGCCGUGUCUACAGCUCUGGAGUGCAACAGCCCCCCGCUACCCUCCGCCUCCUGCACCCCACCUCCUGACUUCAACCAGUGCCUGACAACGGCCAGCCCCAUGAACCCCAUGUCCUCCAUGGCCUCUCAUCCCUUCAACACCAGGAUGGCGCUACAGCAGAACUCGGUCAACUUGGCCACCGAGCGGCAUCACAGCUGUGACAACCUGGAGGACGAGGAGGACUUUCUGAGGAUGAGAUACGAGCAGGCGGCCUCGGAGCUGCCCAACAGCUGCUCCCCGCUGCCGCUGCUGCACUCCGGCUACAUGAAGGACAAACGGCGCCUGAGCAAGACCAGCGGCACCAGUAGCCGGGCUCGCCAAGACGACCUGGCAGUGUAGAUUCACAAAGAGGGGCUGACGGGGGAGGAGAGGAGGAAAGGGCUGGACCUUCUGAACCAAAGAGAAAGAACUGAACGUUCAGUUUGUAAAGACAGAAAUAUAAGACUGAGAUUUAUUUCAGAAUGAAGGGGUCGGAUCAUAAGCGCAGGCAAACUAUGCAAACUCUGCCGCUGAGGCCCGACACUUGACUGUAGUGGACGGACACAUUGGAGAGAAAUGCUGAGGUCUGUGAUUGGACCGUGUACACUUGACAUGUAUGAGCUUUUUGAGCAAAUAAUCUGUCCCGGAGCUCAAAAAACAACAACUGCGAAACAAACUGCAAAAGGAGAAUAAUGAAAACAGGGUAACGGCCGGGCCUAUUGCACAAUUUAUGUUUAAAACCAAAACAGAAAGAAAGAGAUGAGAAUGACAUGACACGAGGUGUUUGGUGUGAGAUGGCUGAAUGAAUCAUUUUAUGACAAAGCAAAAUAUCACACACAUCUCAACUGUUCCGUUAGUUGCAGACUAGCUUAUGACUUUAGAUAACACAGCCUAAACUCUUUGUCCAACUUCAAAAAAAAUGAAGAAAAAUGUAAAAAUUCAAGUUGCAAUAAACAAAAACAGGGACCUAUAUCCUUUAAACUGUGAAGUUGUCCGUGCAUUUGCAGUGAAUUAAACCAAAGUGCCUUAUCAAGUGUGAAAAAUAUCCAUUUCCUAAGAACAUGUUUUUCCUGUGUUUCUGAAACGUCAUGGUAAAUGCUGUAGCUUUAAAUCAAGCCACUUGUUGGCUUGCUUAUCUGAUUGCACUAUACCUGCAGGUCAACAAAGAUUAUAUUGUAACUCAAGAAUAAUAACCUUGCAAUCCUAUAGCGCGUGAGUAAAACUGCGUCCAUUAAUCAUGUAUUUGACAGGAGCCUUUAUGGGCAGAGGUGAUGAGAGAAUGUAGCCUGUUUUAGCAACAUGUUUUCAAAGGUGAAAGAAACAGAAGCCUGGUUGGUGGUUGUGAGUAGAUUCAGCCACUAGGUGGCAACGAUGCACUUACGAUUUUCAGUCUCUCUCUUGAAGCCAUUGUGUAAAUAGUGAAUUUGUUCCUAUGCAAUGUAUGUUUCAUUUGAUGUUUUUGUAUGAUUCUUUUGUGUUUCUUUUUUCAUUUCCAGUGUCUAGCUGUUACCAUAUGCAAAAUAAUAGUACAGGUUGUUUAUAGCCACAGCUGUGAAUUAACAUCCGUACAAAUGGAGGUUUGAAGUUCAACUAUAUAUAUAUAUGUGUUCAUAACAAAUAUUCAUUUUAAAAACAGAAUAUUUGUUCAGCCAGCUGUACUUUCACUGCCUUUUUGGGUUCCUUCACACAAAUCGUUUUGCAAUAAAUGUCAUCCCUAACCCAAAGCAAAUAAAUGGAUCAUGACAUGUUCAGUCU